AGGAGCCGCCGGGGGAGCGGCGAGCGGCAGCACCGGGCCGGGGGACACCGGGCUGGGGUCAGCGCUCGGCCCCGGCGAGGACCAGGGAGGGGACGGCGGGUGCCCGGCCCCUCCGCCGCUUCCCACUCAACAUGGAUGCCGGCUCCCUGGAUGCAGCAGUGCAGGGCGCCCUCCAGGCCCUCUACCCGCCCUUCGACGCCACGGCCCCCACGGUGCUGGGGCAGGUCUUCCGGCUGCUGGAGACCAGCUACCAGGGUGAUGGGCUCUGCUGCCUGCUCCAGUUCCUCAUCCCAGCCAAGCGCCUCUUCGAGCACAUCCGGCAGGCAGCCUGCGCUCCCUACUUUAACUGCAUCUUUCUCCAUGAAGGCUGGCCCUUGUGUCUGCACGAGAAGGUGGUCGUGCACCUCGCGCCGCUCAACCCGCUCCUGCUGCGCCCUGGGGACUUCUACCUGCAGGCAGAGCCAUGCAAGGAGCACUCGGCGCGCAUCGUCCUCAAGCACCUCUCCCAGGACCUGUGCACCGUGGAGGAGAUGCCGGUCCCCGAGGCUGCCUACGCGCUGCUCUUCACCAACGAGUGGCUGGAGGAGAUCAACGGCGGCCGGGCCGGAGCCCCCCUGCAAACCUGCCUGGUGGCCACCGAGAAUGGCAUCGCCCCGCUGCCGUGGAGCAGCAUUGCCACACCGGAGUUCAUCGACAAGCCCAAGGCUGGAGCUGAUGGAACACCUGUGGACACCCAGCAUGACCCUGCUUCUGAAGCUGCAGCUGAGCCAGCAGCACCCAGUGUGCCCGUGCCCUGUGGCACAGCAGGCAUCCCCGUGCCCUAUAGCAACGUCGUGGGCACCAUCCCAGGCUGCAAGGGCACCUCUCGGAAGCUGAGCCAGGGAAAAUACCCGGGACUGAUCAAGGUGGACCAGGCUGGGCUGCGGAAGAAGCCGAGCGCGCUGGCCAUGCCCAGCCUCUGCGAGAUCAUCAGCCAGAACCUGGAGGGGGAGUACGUGGACCUGCUGGAGCUGGCCCCGGAGCACAUGGGCCUCCUGGCCAGGUCCCUGCCGGCGGGCGCUGGGGACAAGGCUGCGCUCCCCUGCCUGAACGGGGCCCCCUGCGGGGCAGCACAGAGCUCGGGGGAGGGUCCCUGCACCCCGUGCCUGGGGCAGGAGCUGAGCAGGGAGCCGGGGCCACACGGGCCACGGUGCCGCCACCGCGACUCGUACCUGGCCGCGCUGCAGAACCCGGUGAGCUUCGGGGCCGGGCUGAUGGCAGCCAUCCUGGAGGAGCCGGACGGCCCCGGCCCCGAGCCGCCCCCCGCUGCUCCCCGGGAGACCCCCGCGCAGCGCGGGAUGGGCGGCGGCAGCCCCCCGCUCCUCACCCCCCGAGCGCAGGCAGCGGCGCGGCAGAGCAGCCCCCGGCUGCCCCAGGGCUCCGGCCACAAGUUCUCCUUCCUGAAGGGGCCCCGGCUCGGGGCGGCCCCCGGGGAUGAAAGAGCCGGCAGCCAGCAGGAAGGGGCCUGGAGGAAGAUGUCUGCCAUCUACUCGCCCAGGAUGGGCAGAGCCAAGGCAGGCGGGAAAGGUUCGGAUGCGGCAGCCCCAGCCCCUGCGGAGGAGCGACCCAUGGAAAGCUCCAGCUCUAAGAAUGGUCCCUCCAUGCCCAGCACCAGCACCAGCACCAGCACCGUGGGCUGGGAGCCGCCGGCCUGGCAGGACCUGCACACGGGGCUGCUGCACUCGGGCAUCGUGUGCCUGCCAGGCAGCUCGGACCGGCAGGGCAGGGCCCUGCUCCUGGUGACCACCGGCGGCAGCGCCUGGGGGGCCGCCUGGUGCUCGGCUGCUGAGCUGGGGACGCUCAUCCUCUACCUCUGCUCCAUCGCCAGGCAGGACAUGAAGGACGUCGGGCUGACCGUCGUGGUGGAUGCCCGGAAGCAGCCGCCUGCUCCUGUCCUGUUCUCUGCCCUCCGCUCUGCCCAGAGCAUCUCGCCGGGCUGCAUCCACACCGUGCUGCUGCUGGCCGAGAAGGAGCUGGUCACGCACCGCGAGAAGCUGCCCGGGGUGCAGGUGGAGUCGCUGCCGUCGCUGAAGGCUCUGGGCCGCUUCGUCGACAGCUCCCAGCUGACACCGGAGCUGGACGGGGCCUUCCCCUACAGCCACGGCGAGUGGGUGCAGUUCUUCCAGAAACUGCAUCCCUUCACGGCCAGCCUCCGGCGGGCAUCGGAGCUGCUGCAGGGCUGCAUCCAGGAGCUGCGGAGCGGCAACGCGCUGGUGGUGACACAGGAUGCAGGCGCCUGCAUCGGGAGGCACCGGGAGCUGAUGCGGAGGGUGCUGAGCGAUGCGCCGCUGGUGUGGGUGCAGCGGGAAGGGGGGGCCGUGCUGGCCCGGCUGCGCAGGGAGGCCGCCCGGCUCCGCACCUCGGCCCACGUCAGGACCAGCAUGGAGUCGGCCGAGGCGCUGUACAACCAGCUGGAGGAAGAGCUCCAUGACCUGGUGUUCCAGUCCAACAGCUCCCUGGAGCGCCUGGAGUUCCUGCGGAAGGUGCGGGAGCUGGAGGCCGAGUUCAGCAAGCUGGGGCUGUGGCUGGACGGGGAGGCAGCGGCGCGGCUGCAGGAGAUGGGUGCUGAGGAGUGGAGCCCCGAGAGCUUCCUGGGGUCUGACGAGCGGUUCAACGCGUUCCUCACCCAGGCAACAGCUCAGUACCGGCACGGCCUGGCGCUGUGUCAGGAGGCAGCUGAGGUCCAAGGCGCGGCUUUCCCAGAGGCCGCCCUCUUCCAGGCGGCCGUGGCCCUUUUCCGGACGAAGCUGAGGAGCUUCCAGAGGCAGGUGGAGCGGCGCCAGGCGGAGCGGGAGCUGCUGCGGGACCUCGGGUGCUUCUCCAGCAAGAUGGCGGGGCUGAAGCUGGGCUGCGGGCAGUGCCUGGGCCGGGGGAAGCGCGAGGAGGGCCGGGCGCUGCAGGGGCUGCAGAGCUCCUUCCAGAAGCUCUUGGUGGAGUUCGCCCUGGAGAAGCUGCAGGAGAUGAAGGCUCAGGUGCGCCGGAUGCGGAGCAGCCCAGGGCUGGCAGCCUGGACCGAGGCACGGCGCCGGUACCAGGAGACGCGGCAGGUCCUGGAGGAGAUGCUGGCACAGCUGCAGGAGGCCUGGGGAGCUGAGGGGCACGGGGACUCCUUCAGCUGCCCCGGCUCGGGGUCUGCUGCCCCUUGCGAGGGAGCUCCGGGCACCAGCCCUGAGCCAGCGGUGCCAGGGGAGCAACCGGAGCCCGGUGCCGGGACAGGACAGCCCCGGGCCAGCACCGCUCCCAGCCCCUCACCGGGUGCGGAGCCAAGCUCCCCGCAGCCCCGCAGCCAUCAGGGGCCAGAGGGGGCUCCUGCCUCUCACCACUGCCCCUCUGCCAACACCAACCCCGAGAGCGGAGCCUGCCCGGGCGCUGCAGGACCCCUCACCCACAGCAUCCGGACCCUGCAGAGACCUCCCCUCACAGUGCCAGCCCGGGCGCGUGUUCCAGGCGCUGACCCCCCGUGUCCCCCGGCUCUGCCCCACGGGGCUGUCACACGUGCUCCAUCCGCCCAGAAGCGGGCAGAAUACUUCCAGGUUUCCAGCCAGAGCAGCUUCUCCUCUGAAGACUCCGACUCGCAGAACUCCACCGAGGAUGCUCCAGCACCGAGCCUGGCCUUGUCCUGGGACCUGCAGAGCCCAAGACCGCGUUGCCCCCCCGAAAAGCCCUCCCAGAUCAUUUACCUGGAGAACCACCACGCCGAGAGUCCACCUAAAGCGAAUGCCAAGUAAACCCGGUCCCAGUCGGGGCUGUUUCUGCCCAGUGGCUGAGGUAUCGGUCACUGGCUGGAUGGGACAUCCCAUGCUCGGAGGUGGGGCUGCUGCUGCUCCAGCA